AGAAAAUUAAGAGGUAGCUCCCCAAAUAAAAAUUCCAUUUGAUUUCCCUCUCUCUCUCUCUCUCUUCCGAGAGAAGACUGGACUCUAGAACCGCCAUGACUGCAGCCGCUGCUCUGUCGUUGCUCCCCAUUUCGAUUUGCCGGCCCUCCAAAUCCAAGAAGGGCUUUGGUUGCAGAGGUGGAUUCAGGGUGUUGGCUGUGUUUGGUGAAGAAGAGGAAGGUGGCCUGCAGAAGAAGAGCAGUUGGGGAGCAAUAUUUAAUGUAGAAGAUCCAAGGCCUAGAGUGCCACUAUCUAAGGGAAAGUUCUUGGAUGUGAACCAAGCUCUAGAGGUGGCCAGGUUUGAUAUACAGUAUUGUGACUGGAGGGCUCGUCAAGACCUGCUGAGCAUUAUGCUCCUUCAUGACAAGGUGGUGGAGGUCCUCAACCCUUUAGCUCGUGAGUACAAGUCAAUAGGAACCAUGAAGAAAGAGCUUGCAGAGCUACAGGAGGAACUUUCACAGGCUCACAGACAGGUUCAUAUAUCAGAAGCCAGGGUAGCUUCGGCAUUAGAUAAGCUAGCAUACAUGGAAACAUUGGUGAAUGAUAGACUACUACAGGAAAGAAACUCAAGUGAAUCCAGUUCCGACUGCACAGCACUUGAUCCAAGCACUUCAUCAGCAUCUACAGAAGCCUUAAAUGCUUUAAAAGCUAAGCCACCUCGAAGAGGUUUAAAUGUUUCGGGUCCUGUUCAAUCGUACCACCCCAAGCUAAAGAACUUUUGGUAUCCAGUAGCAUUCUCUAGUGAUCUGAAGCAUGAUAGCAUGAUACCAAUAGAUUGUUUUGAGGAACCAUGGGUCCUAUUUCGUGGGAAAGAUGAAAAACCAGGCUGCGUCCAGAAUACAUGUGCUCAUAGAGCCUGCCCACUUCACCUUGGAUCUGUGAAUGAGGGCCGCAUUCAAUGCCCUUACCAUGGUUGGGAGUACUCAACUGAUGGAAAAUGUCAAAAAAUGCCAUCUACUAGGAUGCUGAAGGUGCAAAUACGAUCAUUGCCAUGUUUUGAACAAGAAGGAAUGGUCUGGAUUUGGCCAGGUGAUGCACCUCCUAUGGCUACUAUUCCUUCUUUGCAACCUCCUCCUGGAUUUAAAGUUCAUGCAGAGAUUGUGAUGGAGCUGCCAAUUGAGCAUGGGCUUCUUUUGGAUAAUCUUCUAGACCUUGCUCAUGCUCCAUUUACUCACACCUCCACUUUUGCCAAGGGAUGGAGUGUUCCAAGCUUGGUGAAAUUCCUAACACCUGCAUCAGGCCUCCAAGGAUACUGGGAUCCUUACCCUAUUGACAUGGAGUUCCGACCCCCAUGCAUGGUCCUUUCUACAAUUGGGAUAUCAAAGCCUGGAAAACUGGAGGGGCAGAGUACUAGGGAAUGCUCCACACAUUUACAUCAAGUUCACGUGUGCUUGCCCUCCUCCAGACAGAAAACAAGAUUACUGUACAGAAUGUCUCUGGAUUUUGCACCAUUUCUUCAGCACAUCCCCUUCAUGCAUAUAUUGUGGAGGCACUUUGCAGAGAAAGUUCUGAAUGAGGACCUGCGGCUUGUGGUUGGCCAGCAGGACCGGAUGAUCAAUGGGGCCAAUGUAUGGAACAUGCCAGUAUCAUAUGACAAACUUGGAGUACGGUACAGACUGUGGAGAGAUGCAGUCGAGAACGGAGCCAAGAGAUUGCCAUUCACCAAAGAAGAUAAAUAGCCCAUGAGUACAACAAGCUCCUUAACAUGCUACUUCAGGUUCUUCCAUCAUCAUUCUUGGCAACACAAAUGUAAUAAAGAGUCUAUCAUAGAUGGUGGAGGUACAAUGGCCUGAGCUGCUACCAUUGAUUCACAGAUGAUCCAUUGAGGGCUACAGGCAGUAGCUCUGGGAGCAGACAGAAGAUAACCGGUCCAUUCUCUGUAAAAAUAAACUGUACUCUGAGUCGGAAUGCCGGGGCAUGCCAGUAUGCCUUGAUUGUUUUUGGUGUACAGUGCUGAUCCUAAUUUUGGACUUCAGUUGCUUCUCAUUUUUCUUUGUUUUUUGCACAUUCCUUAACUGAUUUUUGUUAUGUUAAUUCCUGACUCUUUGUUUC